ACAGACGGCGGACUUGAAAGCUGCAAUUAUUGUCGAAUGAUGUUCAAGGCUACUUACUGCACGCUGAUGAACCUCUUACGGGGAUGGGAGCCUGUAAGCGCCUCCGCUGGAUAAUUGACCAUACAUCGCGUGUCAAACCUCACCUGCCGACACAUGACAGUCACCCACCCAGAGACAUGCACCCAUGCCGUGCUAGGGGUCAUGACCCCGUCAUAUUUCAUGGGAAGUCAGCGGCGCAGCAACAUCACUUUGCAUCAAGCUGGCCAUCAAAGCAUCGGCGGCGGCGGCGGCAGCAGCAGCAGCAGGAGGAGAAAGCAGCUUUGAUGCAAGCUUGAUUUAUCUUGACUGUGGCCAGCAGUGACUUGAAAGCGCAUUCGACUAACAGGGCAAUGGCUACCGACAGCAUGGAGCAAAUGUGUGCAUCCUCACCAUCGGAAUUCACGCGCUUCGAACAUGCAACAGUUGGAGCGUUGUACAUGAUCUUUGGUGUGGGUGGAGUGGUCACCAACCUUCUGAUUAUCCUGGCCUUCUUUAAGGACAAAGCCUUGCUGCGUGGAAGCACAUCGUGGCUGCACGUGAGCCUGGCGUUUGCCAACAUUUGCGUGGUGGCACCAGCUCCAUUCCCCGCUUCCUCCAGCUUCAGUGGAAGGUGGCUGUACGGAGACAAAGUUUGCCAGGCAUACGCAUUUGAAGGUAUGUUCGUGGGAAUCGCGGCCAUCGGUGCAGUGUUCUCCCUUUGCGUGGAACGGUAUCUGGUCAGCAAGCGAGAAGAUGCAAUGCAGCAAAAUCCAGCGGCCUUUUAUUGGGUCGCCACGGUCAUCAACAUCAGCAAUGCACUCUUCUGGUCUGUCAUGCCGCUGUUGGGAUGGAGCAGAUACAGUGUCGACCACACGGGAGCCGCUUGCGCCAUCGACUGGAAGAGCGGAGACGAGAGUUACGCCUCCUACAUGACCAUGCUCUGCUUCUUCCCCUUUGCCUUGCCCUUCGCCUUCGCCAUUGCCUGCCUUUACGCAUCCAUUCCCAAAGCUCCGGCCCUGACUUCCGCUUCCGGUUCCUUGCCACAGGCUAGUGGACAGCCUGCUAGAGACCACACAACGUCCAGCUUCACUGAAGGACAGCUACGAUGGCUGUGCCUGUGCUUCCUGGUGUUGGUGCUGGUAGGCUGGGGGCCCUUCGCCUGGCUCUGCCUGUGGGCGAUGGUGGGGGACACGGCCGGGGUGUCCAUGCUGGCGGCAACCAUCCCCCCGCUGGCCUGCAAGUUCACCACCAUGAUGUACCCGCUUACCUACAACGUCAUCAACCCUCGCUUCCGCGCUGCCUACUUCUCCAUCCUGGGCACGAGCGCCACGGAGGAGACGGUCAAGGUCGACUGAAGGGACUGGGCGAAGGGGUGGGCUACAGGGGUGGGGUUAGGGGUAUGUAGAAAGGAAAAGGACAUGUUUGACGAUUUUAAUUUUUAGAAAGAUGCGAACUGAAGAGCAUCACCCGCUUUGGCGUUUUAUAUUUUUCAGGUCCUGUUGAUACUUGAUUCACUGAAAGAUCGUUGUUGCUAUUGCUGUCGCGGUGCCUGAUGAUGUCUAUCGUCUUUCAGCGGAAGCAAACAUUGUACAUAAAUGCAGUCUAUACAAAAUCGGUGUGGGUUUUGUUUUUGUUUUUUACACAGCCUCUCCGUAUCUAGACAAAUUUUUCUAUUUAGGAAAAUUAGUUUAGCAUGGAAUAUCCGUCAGCAACAGGCACUGUGGAAACCUCCGAAACAACAUUUGUUCAGGCCCCAGCAAUUACUUUCUCCCCCUCCCUGACGACUGGGGACAAGGUACAAAACCCUGGCAUGAAUUGUGUGAGCAUUGAUAUCGUAUUAAUUGACCCACAGCCGCCUUUCCCUCUUUGACUUGGAAGGAAAUAUUUAUGAAAAG